AUGGCAACUCCAAAGUUCAGCUCCAAAUCACCUACAAUCCGGCGUAUACUUCGCGAAGCAGCCGAGAUCUCUAAUUCUCCAUCCGCCGAUUACACGGCCGAGCCUCUUGAGUCCGAUCUCUUCGAAUGGCAUUUCACACUCCGCGGACCUCCCAACUCGGUCUACAGCAACGGCAUCUACCAUGGCCGUAUAGUUCUACCUCCUACAUACCCCCUCCGACCGCCUUCAUUCCGUUUCAUGACACCAAGUGGUCGUUUUGAGGCCAACCGUGAGAUUUGCUUGAGUAUUAGUGGUCACCAUGAGGAGACGUGGCAACCCGCAUGGGGAGUUCGCACAGCUCUGGUAGCACUUCGAAGUUUCAUGGAAACAGACGCCCGCGGUCAAUUAGGUGGUCUCGAGACGACCGACGCUGUGCGCCAACGACUUGCCAACGAGUCAUCGACAUUUAAGUGUUCGUCAUGCGGAAAGACAAAUGGCGAGAUAAUCCAGGAAUGCGAAGAGCGAGCAAAGGAAGCAUCAUCGAGCGCUCAAGAGGUUGAAGUCCCCAAAGAGCUGAACAUGGGAUGGCGAGAUGAGAUGGGAACUAAGAAGGAGGGCGAAAACAAAACCGAAGAGACCAACGAUGAUGCCGAGACAGCUCAACUUGCAGAAGGGUUUGUUCAGACUGCGCCAGAUGUUGGUCCGGGUCCUGCUGACAAUGACCCUCCGGCCCCUCAACCGCAAUUUGACAACCGGAACCCCACUCCAACCCGAACAAUUCCUCUUCCGGCCCCGGCCCCGGCGGUCCAAGCACCGGUCGCCGCGCCGAUGGCAGUACAGGCUCAACCUCACCCAGCGCGAAGAGCGUCUGACGAUGGUGUUCCUUUGUGGCUCGACCGGGCCAUUGUCGUGUUGGUGGUGCUCCUGGUGGCGCUUGUGCUCAAGAUCAUAUUUGCCGUGUAA